AUGAGAAUCAAGAAGAAGCAUACAUCUGGUAAUGCCAGAAACUUUGUGACUAGAUCACAGGCUGUUCGGAAGCUUCAAGUUUCCCUUGCUGACUUCAGGAGGCUUUGUAUCUUCAAAGGUAUUUAUCCAAGAGAACCAAGGAACAAGAAGAAAGCAAACAAAGGCUCUACCGCUCCAACUACCUUUUAUUACUACAAGGAUAUUCAGUAUCUGCUCCAUGAACCCGUAUUAGAAAAAUUUAGAGAACAUAAGACUUUUUCAAAGAAAUUGACAAAAGCUCUUGGGAGAGGUGAAGUUUCUUCAGCCAAAAAAUUGGAGGAAAACAAGCCCAAUUAUAGUUUGGAUCACAUUAUUAAGGAACGUUAUCCAAGUUUUCCUGAUGCUUUGAGAGAUAUUGACGAUGCUCUUAAUAUGCUAUUCCUAUUCGCUAAUCUACCUGCCACAGACCAGGUUUCUGCUCGUGUAACAAAGGAUGCACAGAUCAUCUGCAAUCAAUGGCUAGCGUAUGUUGCUCGUAACAGACUAGUGCGCAAAGUUUUCGUUUCCAUCAAGGGUGUUUAUUAUCAAGCCACUGUCAGAGGCGAGGAUAUAAGAUGGUUGGUUCCUUAUAAGUUCCCUGAAAAUAUUCCUAGCGACGUUGACUUCAGAAUCAUGCUCACAUUUUUGGAAUUCUACUCAACCCUAUUGCAUUUUGUUCUUUACAAAUUGUACACAGACUCUGAUUUAGUGUAUCCUCCAAAGUUGGAUCUUGCAAAGGACAAGAUCAUCGGCGGUUUAAGCUCUUAUGUCUUAGAAAGCAACACCGAAGAAUCUUCUUUGACCGCUCCAUCCCUCGCUAAUAACUCUAUUGAUGCGAAGGCAAUUGAUGCGGAGACAUUGAAGUCGGCUUUGAAGGCGGAUGCUGGAGAGGAUGUUACUGAGGCGCAAAAUGAAGAUGAAGUGGAUGAAAAUGUUGAGGGUAUUGAGCUUGAUGCCUUUGAGGAUAAUAACAAAAACAAAGGUGAUCAACUGGAACAACCAAGCAAGUAUGAUUCACCAACCUCUGUACUAUUCUCUGAUUUUGUGUUUUAUAUCGCCAGAGAAGUCCCUAUUGAUAUUCUUGAGUUCUUAAUUCUAUCUUGCGGAGGUUCAGUCAUUUGCGAGGCAGCAUUGGAUCAACUUGAAUCGCAAUCAGGCAUCGAUUUGAGUAAAGUAACUCACCAAAUCGUUGAUAGACCCAUUUUGAAAAACAAGGUUGCCGGCAGAACGUACAUUCAACCACAAUGGGUGUUCGACUCUUUGAACAAGGGAGAGUUGGUGCCUGCAAACUCAUAUUUGCCGGGAGAAACCCUGCCACCACAUUUGUCCCCAUGGGGUGAUGCUGUCGGCUAUGAUCCAACUGCUGGUAUUGAAGAAGGUUCUGAAAAUGGGUCCUCUGAUGAUGAGGAAGAAGAGGAAGAAGUAGCAGAAGAUGAGGAAGACAAGGAAAACUUAGAUGCUGGUGCUAUUACUAUGGGUGUCGAUUCAGGCGAAGAGAGUGAUGAUGAAUUAAAGGCGCAGAAAGAACUAGAACUUGAGGCCCAAGGCGUUUCUUACUCUGAGGCUAAGAAUGAUCAAGAAAGCAAAAAGUCUAAAAAAUCAAACAAGAGAAAGGUAUCAGAGCAGGAUGAAGAAAAGGAUUUGAAAUUGAUCAUGAUGAGCAAUAAGCAGCGUAAGCUUUACAAGAAGAUGAAAUACUCCAAUGACAGGAAAGAAGAGAAGGUGGAGAAAUUGAAAAAGAAGAGAAAGGAGAUAGAGAAGGUCAAGUCGAAAUUAAAGCAAUCUGAAAAAUAA